UCGGACUGUUUCGAACGUGUUUGCAGGGAUGCUGACGCUCGCCGCGGCAGCCAUCGAAUUAGCGAAGUUAUCGGGUCUCGUCCUGCACACACACAAUCGGGUUCGUUGUCGCGAAUAACUGAAUCUCGUACCGCCAAAAAGGACUAAUUAUCGAAAUCAAUAAGCGCUAAUUAGAAUAUUUUCAGCCCCGGUUUGGGGGGGCAAAAAAAAAAAACAAAAAAAUAGAACGGAACUGCAUUUGGGUAUUGCGUGUUUAUUUUUCGAAAGGGAAAAAUCAUGCGACUCACUCAACGAGCAGCUGAUAUUGUUGCACACACAAAACGCUCAACUCCGGCUCCUUUUAGGCGAUUUAAUUGCCCUGCUCUCGUUUGGGGCAUACAUUAAAACCAAGCAACUAAGUAUUUGCAAGUGCCCCGAGUGUCUUGUACAUACAUAUAGUAUAUGUGUGUGAGUGUGUAUAUUCGUGUGCCCCGGUGUGUGUUUCUCAUUCCCGUGUGUUUGUUUGUGUUUUGAUGGUCACGUGGUCAGCUCAAAGUUGGCUUGGCCCACUGCCUUCUUGUGCGUGACAAAAGUCCAGCAAGAGUAGCAACAAUAAUAGCCACAGCCACAGCAGCAGCAACACAAAUAGUAACAACAACAACGGCAAUAAAGGAUUAUCCUGCGUGGGACAAAUUUAAAUUGUUCGGCCAGCUGCUGCCAUCGGGAGGAAAACCGGAGACCGGAGAAAAUCGAAAUGUGCUUCCAUUAGGAGGAGGACGAGAAACUGAAACUGGAGAAGAAGAAAGCGAAGAAGUCGGCGAGAAGAAAGAAAAACUGCAGCGCCAAAUCUGCAAACCAAAUCCAACUUAAGUCACAUCAAAUUAAAAUCAACAACCGGCGAAGGGUGAACGCAGAAGAAGCCAAAAAAAAGGAAAAAUUAUAAGAAAUAUAUAUAUAUAUAUAGAUAUAGAUAUGGACCGAACGGGGAGAACGGGGAAAAUGAAGUGCAAUAAAAGUCAAAUGGCCACGUUAACAAUGUGGAAAAUUUUUAUGGCCCCGCUUCUGGCGAUGGCACUGCUAAUGCCGCUCACAUUAGCGCGCCUGCAUUCCACUUCCGGCGUAGGAAUGUCCGGCGGAGGCAGCAGCAUGAGUCCUGGCGGAGGAGGAGGUGGCAGUGGUGGCGGCGGUGGUGGCACAUCCUCGAAAGAUUCACACGUGAAAACGAAGGACAUCGAUGCCGUCGAGGGGAAAUCAGUGUCACUGCCCUGCCCCAUCACGGAGCCACUGGAUAAUGUGUAUAUGGUGCUCUGGUUCCGCGAUAAUGCUGGCAUACCUCUCUAUAGUUUCGAUGUGCGCGAUAAGGAGAGCAGAAACCAGCCCCGACAUUGGUCAGCACCGGAGGUUUUUGGCUCACGUGCCAAAUUCCAUUUUGACUCGCAGCCAGCAACCUUGGAAAUUAAGGAUAUCAAGCGACAUGAUCAGGGUAUUUACCGCUGUCGUGUGGAUUUUCGCACCAGUCAAACGCAAAGUUUCCGUUUCAAUUUGUCAGUAAUAAUACUUCCGGAGCACCCAAUCAUCCUGGACCGUUGGGGCCGAGUGCUGAAUGGCACUCAAUUGGGGCCGAAGCAGGAGGGCGAUGAUAUCGUUAUCACUUGUCGUGUGGUGGGCGGUCGGCCGCAACCGCAGGUCCGUUGGCUCGUAAAUGGACUGCUCGUCGACAAUCAAAACGAGCACAAUUCCGGCGAUGUUAUCGAGAACCGUCUGUUGUGGCCAUCGGUACAGCGCAACGAUUUGAAUUCCGUAUUCACAUGUCAGGCACUGAAUACGCAAUUAGAUAAGCCCAAGGAGAAGAGCUUCAUACUGGAUAUGCACUUGAAGCCUCUGGUGGUGAGAAUCCUGGAACCACCCAGCUCUAUGAUUGCCGAUCGUCGCUAUGAGGUGUCCUGCGAAUCCUCUGGCUCUCGGCCGAAUGCCAUCAUCACCUGGUACAAGGGAAAACGGCAAUUACGACGCACAAAGGACGACAUAUCAAAGAACUCGACACGCUCCGAACUGAGCUUUGUGCCGACCACAGACGACGAUGGCAAAUCGAUAACAUGCCGUGCGGAAAAUCCAAAUGUGAAUGGCCUGUAUUUGGAGACCAUGUGGAAAUUGAAUGUCGUUUAUCCUCCCCUGGUGACUUUACGCUUGGGCUCCACUUUGACACCGGAUGAUAUCAAGGAAGGCGACGAUGUUUACUUCGAGUGUCACGUACAAUCGAAUCCUCAAUGGCGGAAACUGUUGUGGUUGCAUAAUGGAAUCCAUCUGGAGCAUAACACCACGGCUCGGGUCAUCCGCUCGAAUCAGAGCCUGGUGCUGCAGAAGAUUACGAAGCACUACGCCGGGAACUAUGCGUGCAGCGCCAUCAACGAUGAAGGCGAGACGGUCAGCAAUCAGCUGCCACUGCGAGUGAAAUACACGCCCAUUUGCAAGCACUCCGACCGCGUGAUAUUAAUUGGCGCCUCCAAGGACGAAACAGUGGAGGUUGUGUGCGAGAUUCAAGCCGAUCCGCCACCGCGGACUUUUCGUUGGAAAUUCAACAACUCGGGCGAAACUCUGGACGUGGGCAGUGAACGAUUCAGCGUGAACGGCAGCCGCAGCAUUUUAAAGUACACACCGGUCACAGAUCAGGAUUAUGGCACACUGUCGUGCUGGGCCGGCAAUGAGGUGGGCACCCAGCAGCAUCCCUGUCUCUUCCAAGUGGUGCUGGCCGCCCUGCCGAAUGCCGUCAGCAAUUGUACCGUCUUCAACCGCACCGAGUUGAGUGUUGACAUACAGUGCAUACCGGGCUAUGACGGCGGCCUGCCGCAAAUAUUUGUGCUCGAAAUGUUUUCAACACGCACCGGCAUCACCAGAUUCAAUUUGAGCAACGCCGAGGAGGCGCUCUUCUCGCUGGAGAACCUGGACACCCUGACCUCGAUGAUGGUCCAGGAGAACAAUUCGCUGCGGCUGCGCAUCUACUCGUACAACCAGAAGGGACGCAGUGCCGCUUAUCUGCUCCCCGAUUUCAUAAUUGGCUCAACAGCUUACAAGACAGACGACGAUGUAACAUUGACAUUGUCGCCGGUGAUUGUCGGCAGUGUCCUGACCAUCAUAAUUAUUGGUGUGGCCAUCGCGAUACGAAUAUUCGUGGUGACAUUUGUGCACAAUUUGCGAAGGAAUCGUCAUCAUGGCAACAAGGCCACCGCCGCCGGAGUAACCGCUCAGCCCAGCGAUGUCUUCAAGGGUGGAAACUUGGAGAAGCCGCGAUGGCAGCACACGGACAUAAAAACGAAAUCGUCUGAGGAUUUGGUUGAGGACGAACGUGAUCCGGACGUAAUACCAUCGCAAUAUGUCGGCGGCAGCAGUGCCGGCAGCAGUGGCAGCAACGCUUCAAAUGUGGGUAGCACCACCGCCGGCACUGCCACCGGUAGCAGCACCUCCACGGCGGUGGUGACCUCGGUGGCCAAUACAUCCGCAUCCGCAUCCGCAGGAGCAGCGGUCGUAGCAGGUGCGGCAUCAUCGGCAUCUGCCACAGAUGCCCAUCAGUUUGCAUCAGCCACAUCGGCGGCAGGAGGCGGCGUGUCCAAGUGGUCACCAAACGGCAAUGUGGUGCCGCUCACGACGACGAUGCUGACCGGCGAUGCGGUGAACGCGACUAUCACCUAUAAUCAAAUCAACGCCCAGCGGGCGCAGCUGCUGGCGGCGGUGGCAGCAGUGGGUGGUGGAUGCAGCAGCACCGUCAUCUCGCCCAGCAGCAGCAUCCUGGGCAGCCUUGGCAAGCCGCUGGGCAUGGGCAUGGGCGGAAUGGGCAUGGGGGUGGGGGUGGGAGUGGGCGGUACGGUCAUUGGAUCGCCAACCUCCCUCUCCUCGACGGCCACGCUGGCCGCCCACCUGCAGCCGGUGCACAGCAGCGGGGUGGGUACUUUGCCACCGGGACUCGGCAGCGGCGGUGGGUACAUUAUGAACGCGUACGCCAGCGGACGGCUGCACCACCCACCUGGCGGGGGGCCAACGAGCGGAGCCACCCACACCGCCACCCUGAACAGGCACCACCACCAACAGCAGCAGCAGCAGCACCACCACCUACACCAUCCGCACCACCCGCAACAGCACCACUCGGGGUCGAGCCUUCUGAUGGGAAGUGCUGGCAGUGUCAUGGGCGUUGUGGGUUCCACCACGACAGCCACCACGUCCUGCAACUCCUCGCAGGACCUCGACGAUAACAUAAACAUAAAUGCGAUUAAGGACUGUCUGAUGACGCAGCGAGUGCCCGAGAGUUGUGUCUAAAUCUGGGGUGGAAGCAACGGAUAUAUGUAUUUAUUGUGUAGGAAUAUAAAUCUAUGUCGGACGGGACUGUAGCAGUUUUCACAUUCAUUUUAAUUCAAAAAGGGAAUAUGUUGAAUUUAUUUGAUUACAAAACAUAUAUUAUUCAUCCUUAUUUACUUUUAGAUUUAUCACCAUUACUCUGUUUAAGUUGUGUAAAAAACUUAAAUAUCUUGUAAUUUAUAUUCUUAUAUACCAUAAAACUGAUUAAUUUGAAUCCUAUUUUAGGAAUAUGAAAACUAAAACAAUCCUGUUAACUUCUCGUUAAGGUGCUGUGCAUAAAUAAUCUAAAUUUAAGUGCAAUGUGGAGUGUGGAAAACCGUACAUAAACUGAUAGCAAACCGUCAUAUCUUCUGGUUCAAUAGCAUAUCCCUUGUUAUAUCAACUAAAGCGAAGAAACAACAGAACAAUAUCAUGAGGAUUUUGGGGGACAAUUUUCCUAUUCAUUGUUAAGUUCGAAACUGGCUGAUAAAAAAUACUUGUUUUUGAAAACAAGAAAAUCGGACAAUGUAAGAAAUUUGGCUUGUUUCGAAAGAACAAUGAAUAAGAAAAUUUGAAUCAAUAACAUUUUACAACACAGUUAAACACACACUCUAUUUUACGGAAACUUUAAAAAGACUCAAACAACUUAGUAGCUAAAUAUUUUGUAGCUAAAAUAUUUCCAAAAUGAGAAGUAAAUAUCAUAGGAGUAAUGAUAAUUGUAUAUAACAUAUGUUUGUGGCAUAGUAUAUAGGCAAAUUGUAUAAAGAGAAUAUUAAUCAGACCCAAAGAUCCUUUGUUGUUGUACAUAAAAUAUUGACUACUGUAAAUUUAUCGAAGUUUAAGUUUGAGAUGCCGUCAUAUCGGCCAAUGGUCCUGCUUAGAGCUAAAAUAAAUACUGAAGUUAAAUGUUUAAAAGAGAAACGCUAGAUCUAAGCUACAAUAGUUCUUAGUAAAUGAAAGAGUUUAAACUGUGCUAGGCUAACAGAAUUAAGCAUGAAUAUCAAUAAAUAUGUUUAGCUAAGUCGAUGAAUAAUGUGACAAAAAAAGAAAAUGGAGUACUCGGAAUGUAAGCGAAAGGCGAAAAGUAAAUAUAGAUCAACUACA